UUGUAAUUAAUUCCAGGUCAGAUUCUCCUGGGCACUGCGCAAAGUAUGGGUCAUACUCUCUGAUAGAGGACAGAGUGAACAAGGUGGUGGAUGUUCAGCUUGUUCAGAGCUCAGAGGUCCCCAACAGCUCAUGGUGUGAGCUUGAAGGGCUCAAGCGCAGUGUUGGCCUGCUGAGGGGAAACGACCUGCAUUUGGCAACGCUGAUCACGGACCGACAUCGCCAGGUUGCCAAAUGGGUGAGAGAGGAGCUGAUCCCUGAAGGGACACAGCAUUAUUUUGACGUGUGGCACAUUGCCAAAAGUCUGGGGAAGGCAUUGGAUGCAGCAUCCAAAGAGUGUGACCAACUACAGUUGUGGAGGCCAGCUAUAGUGAAUCACCUCUAUUGGACUGCAGCCUCAACCCCAGAUGGCAACCCAGCGGUCAUGGAGGCCAAAUGGAGAAGUUUAGUGAACCACAUCCAGGACAUCCAUGACCAUGACACCCCUGCCUUCUCCAGUUGUGCCCAUGGCCCUCUAGACGGAGAUCAGCGCAACAAAGAGUGGCUGGACCCAGGCUCAUUGGCAGCAGUCAAGUUGGAGAACAUAAUGAUGAGGGCUGCCUUGCUGAAAGAUGUCCGUCAGCUGUCUCCACAGCACCAGACCUUCUCCCUUGAGGCUUACCACUCCCUCAUCUUGCACUUCGCGCCCAAGCACACAGGGUUUUCAUACCUUGGGAUGUAUAGCAGGCUUCUCUUAGCGGCGCUGCAUUAUAAUCACAAUGCCAAUCGCGAGACAGCACGGAGAAGUGACGGGACGGAGAAGUACUGCGUGCGGUAUCCGCGCUUCAGAAAAGGUGCCCAUGUGGUGCGUCCCAUCAAAGAGGCAGCCUCAUACGGUUAUGCAACAUCAUUAAUGAAGGCCCUUCGGGAGAGCUACGCCAAUUCACCCGCGGUUCUUCGAGAAGUUGGCGCCAAUUUGUCCUCCGAUGCACCCGCCCCCAUCGCCAAAUCCUUCGAACAGAUUCCUAAGGAGGAGGCCAUCAGCCUCUACCUAGCCCGGCAGUCACGCUUCAAGAAAACCUAAUUUCACAUUAUUAUUUUUUUCCACGGACAAGUCCAAUGAUUUAGUUGUUAUUAUCUACAUGAAAUUUCUUUGUAUAUAAUUCAAAAUAAUUUGGUAAUCAUUUUACCUGUGCCUUGUCAACCUCUGUGUGCGGUGUUGUCUGGGCUCACUGUGUCUGCUUGAUGUGCUUUUGCAUGUAUCACUGCAUGUAUGCAUGCAUGAAAUAGUGUGCAUGUGUGUGUGUGUGUGUGUGUGUGUGUGAGAGAAAGAGAACCAUCAACUGACCCUCGGGUAUGACUACACUAUUGCAGAAUUAAUUAGAAUUAGAAUUAAACAUUGCGGGUCUAGCCCUUCAUCAGUGUUCCUUGUAUGUUUUGUGCCUAACCAUUUUUUUAUAUAGAUUUAAUUCCAACCUGUGUCUUUGUUCAGUAACCAUUACAAGCAAUGCCAAUCAACUUUUUUUUAUCCAAAAUGCAUGUGUUCUGUGUACUUUAUAACAUUUUAAGGGCAAUUGAAUGAUCACAACAGAAUAAGCAUAACUAUUAUUUUUAUUCAUUUUCAUCCAAACAAGGCCAUUGAAAGCCCUGAUACGUCUGGUCAUCAUUCUGGAAUUGCUGUCUGAUGGUUGAAACCACACAAGAGGGUAGAGGCUUCCUUAUACUCCUCCCUAAAACGCCAUAAGCCCAGCGUAUAGCUUGCCUGUACGCAGUGUACCGGUAUUGCCUAGGGAUAAGUAGGAACGAUUCUUAAGUUUAAAACUCUGUAAGUAGGUUGGAAACGUCAUUUUAAGCCUGUUUCUUAUGCAUGUUUAUUGUGUAUGCAACACAUCUCCUGUCACCUAUAACUGUUGGUUCAAAUGACUCAGUGUAAAAAGAUUUGUAAAGUAAACAUAAACCAUGAACAUA